AUGCAGUUACUCAAUUCAGCGGUGAAUUACACCGAGAAAUCGAUCAAUGGAUGCGCUCUGCUACUCACACGAAAGGUCAAAGUUCCCGGCAACACGGUUCUUUCUUGUGUUGAAUGGAACUUAAACACAAACUUUUUAGCGAGUGGUGGAUCAGGAGGACUUCUUAAAGUUAUAAAACUAACGCAAGAGGAUGCAAAAGGAGGAUCAGUGAUGAACAUGCCGGUUAAUCAAGCGCUGGAAGGACACAGUGGCACAGUUUUAUGCGCAGCUUGGAAUGAGAUGCAUCAGAAGCUUACCACAAGUGAUUCUAACGGCUUGAUCAUUGUGUGGAGCCUUCAUAAUGAGACGUGGUACGAGGAAAUGAUAAACAACAGAAACAAAAGCGUUGUUGUUGGUAUGGCGUGGAAUCACGACGGGCGCAAAAUAGCAAUCGCUUAUCAAGAUGGGCAAGUUAUAGUUGGAACGAUGGAUGGAAAUCGCAUUUGGAACAAAGAUCUUUCCGGAAAUAUUGCUACAUGUGAGUGGUCUCCUGACGGAAAUUUGCUAUUAUUCGGCAUGGGAGACGGAGAGGUGCAUACAUACGACUCUCAGGGGAAUUUUGUGCAAAAUCUCCACAUGGUGGCAUUAGAAAGUGUUGAGCUGGAGACCGCUCUUGCCAGUUCGUUUAACUCUCCUAGUGUUUCUAUUCACCUUCUUAUUUAUUAA